AUGUAUAUGUUUAGAUCACUGGUUUUUAAUGGAAAAACGGUGCUACCCAUCGUCUUUGCCCCUGAUGAUGACAAAGCUUUAAGAUUACCAUUAGUUGAUGUAUUCUCUGAGAGUGGUAAGCUUUUAUGCUACAUUCACAUAUCUAGAAAUUUUCAGAAGCAUGGCCUAUCCAAGCUUGCAUCAUUGUAUUCAACCGUUAAAGCAAAUAAUAUGGCUAGAUUGGAAACUAGAGACCUAGUGGCAGAGAUAGCACUUGCAGCCAACGCUGACGAGCACUUUAAGCAGAUUUUGAAGAAAUAUAGCGAAUAUUUCAGCCAAGAUGAAAGAUGUACAAAUGGUGGUGUACAUGCGAUCCAGUGUUUAAAGAAGAUGUUAAAAGAGAAAGAACACUGGGGUGGGCUUUAUGCUAACAAAUACAUGCAUUUGAAUAACUGUCCUUCAAAUCGAGUCGAGUCAAUACAUUCGUCUUAGAAGCACUUCAUCCAAACGUCUUCUGGAAAGCUAGACCUAGUUACAAGAAAAUUCGAUUAUUGGGCCAAGGGACGUCUCUUAUUAAGAAAACUGAAAAGCGAACAAGAAUCAUUGAGGCAGUCUGUUCACCUUAUAUCUCCUGAACAUGAAUACAAAUCGGUAAAUUCCAAAGGAAAGGUGUCAAAAUACGCAAUUGAUAUCAUCAAACAUGAGAUGAUCGUCUCGAUUUCUAACAACUGCGAGUACGGUAAUAACUGCUUGUGCCAAGUGAAAAGGAACUUUAGACUACCUUGCCGACAUCUUCUUGCUAAAUAUGACAUUAUUCCUCUGAAUAUUGUUCACAGACGUUGAUUGAAUUAUGAAACAUACAAGCAAGCAGAACAAGAAAGUACAUUACAAGAUAAAAUGGCUGUUGGUAGUAAGCCAAAGAUUGAGGAUAGGAUCCU